UGAUACGGGCCUUUAUCAGCACGAUCAUUGCACGUCACCUACACAGGACAACCCAUCGCACAGUUGACACCCUUGUCGCUUUCCGUUAUCGUUGUCGCCGUCUUCACCAUUUCAUAACGUGGUGGUAAUCGCGGCAAGAAGAAGGACAACUAUCAAGGGGACACACCUAUGCCCAUCAAGAAAGGAUGUCAUGUGGUGAAAUACAAGAAGGUUUUUGCAGAGGGUCCUUCGAAGGGAAGUGGUACGAGGGAUGACGAAUGGGUUACGGAUUUCGAUGGCGCCGGUGAUGACGAGGACGUCGUGUCAGGCAAUGAAGUGGAAGCCGUCAGACAAGCGUCAGUGCAUGCACAAGGGGCGCUGCAAAUUAAUCAGUCGCGACCUCAGACUGCUUCCCAACCCCGUGGCGGGGAGGGGGUUCGCAAGGCUGAUAUCGUCAUCGAUGUCGACGCUGGUCAUGUGGCGAGGGAGGUCCAAGUGAAGGUAGCUCCGCAGACGUCGCUCGUUGGGGGGAGCAAUGAGAGGACACGUGUGACUGCGCUGCCUGAGGGGAAAGAUUCUGAACGGAUCCAAUCACCCCCAGCCACACCACAUGGCCAAACAGUUCCGGAGGCGGGAGGGGUUGCAAAUGUGGUGGUGCAAGGAAGCGUCCGGGGUCCAAAGCGACAAAACUUGGUGGACACGCAUGGCAGUACAGUGGCAGGAUCUUCAAGAACGGUGGUGGGUGCAGCGGCCGUGAAGAGUCAUGGGAUGGCGAUGACGACGAGCUGUUGGUUAACAGGGAGCGGAAGGGCAAUGCACGUGAUGGGAUCAAAGUUGAGAAGAAGUUGUGGGUGGACGACAUUAUGAAGCAUUGUUGUAUUUGCUGGUCAUCGCUAGGGGAGUCCCCACUCCCGGCAUCCGUCGAAGUAUAACCCUCCUUCACUCAAGCAUCCCACAACA